GUCACGGGUUUGAUUCCUGACUUUGUUUUCUUGGGAAAGGCACUUCUCCACCCAGGUGUAAAAUGGGCACAUGACUUCGGUUUAAUAUAGGGGGUAAAAGGUGCACGUGGUGGAAGGAGAAUGGGCCUCCAAACAUCUGCUUGGAGGAAAACUGUGCAUCUCCCCUGAGGAGGAGUUCGUAUUCGUGACGUCAGGAUUCAAAAUGGCGGUAGACAAGUAGAAAGGUCCUCUGUCUUCUAUCAAAGAAGUUCUUCGGUACGGUUGGACGAUUUCCUCCAUAGAAAGUGCUUCACAUCAGGUUUAUAGCAAAGGCUCGGGGCUCUAGACUCAAGUGUAAGAAACCCCACUUCCCUUGAAGUGCCAUUGUACAGUGACGAAAGUUUACAGUCUUCCCGUCAAACUAUUUUCAUCUGAUGGCGAAACGAAAGCGAACAGGGGAUCCUGACGAAGAUGUCGUCACCAUGUCGACAUUGAGAGAACUUCUCGACAACCAGAAGAAGGAGUUGACCGGUCUCAUGGAAGUCCAGGAGAGGAACUUCAGAUCCUUCAUGGAAACGGUCAUGGUCACAACCAACAGGCGACUUGAUGACCUCAUCCGCGAGGUCCAGGACGUCAAGGGGAGCAUGCAGUACUCUCAGGGGGACACAGGGGGCGCUGGGACACCGUGCAAAGAAGAACGGGAGCAGAGGAUCGCUAAGAUUGAGUCACAUGUUGCACAACUCAGAGCCGACUACGAAUCCAACAUCUUGCGACUUCUUGUCAAGGGACUCGAUGGAAAAACAACCGUUAUAAGAAUCCACAAGGAUGCCACAGUGGACCGGCUCUGCAGGGAAGUCAGCCAACGGCACAAUAUACCACUUGGACAGAUGCGUAUCCUGUACACAACCAAGCAACUGGAGUAUGGCGCUGGCAAAUAUCUGUCUGACUAUGAUAUCCAAGACAAGUCUACCCUUUUCCUUGUCCUGCGUCUUUGCGGAUAAUAAGACUGUAUCUGCUUCAGCCUCAAGUACAAUUCUGAUUCUACAUCACUGUGUGACUCAUUCACCCAACCACUCACACCUACAUCCAACCAUCUAUCCGUCCAUUCAUCUGUCCAUCGAUCCAUUCAUCCAUCCAUACACCCAUCUGUCAAUCC